CGCACUGUUUUUUUAGGAGAGAAAGAUGGGCGUUCUAACAAAUGCACCGCUUGGCUUCAGUAGCGCCGUGUCUACCCUCAACUCCCUACCACAGGGCAUUCUAGCCGAAAUGUGCCAAGACGCCAUGGCUUUCCUCCAGUCAGAUGUGGCCUAUCUACCCUCGGAGCAUCACCAAAUGGCUCUGUCGGGACUUGACAUUAGCCCUAAACCGGAUGCUGGGAACUGCCUCAAUGCUCUCACGUUUCUCUUCAAGUCUGCAGCGAGUGAGGGAGCCAGUGUGGAGAGUCUGGUAUCGGAGCUAAAGUCCUCAAUGAUGUGGUCUGACAGUUGCGUGGCUGUUGUCAGACACAUCUGGAAGGAGGAGGGGCCUGCCCUGUGUGGCAAACCCAAGGAGACUCUGCUGGUUGGCCAGUUAUUGUCAAUGGACUGGCAGCUGGGAAUGGCCAUGAGCUCCUCCUCCUGUCGCUCCCUCAACUCUCCUUACCUCACUCUCCAGUUCAACCUGGCCGACCCAUCUGGUGCCCUCAGAAAAAAGACUCUGCAGAUGACUGUGGCAGAGUUCCAGAAUCUUGCUGGCCAGUUGAAGGACAUGGCUAGUGCAUUGGAAACUGCAGCAUAGUCUCUAGCAGUCAUUGCGUGUGUUUUGUUCGGACCAACGUUGAUGUAUUUGCGCAUGCGCUCACGCGAUAAUUUAGGGGGCGUGAACGCGCUCGUGUCGGUCUCGUUCGUUGGUACGUGGUGG